AUGACUUGGCUUCAACGUCCAAUUCCUUUUACAUAUAAAGCACUGUUGUUGACACUUCUUGCUCAAUAUGUCCUAGGUUCAAUUGACUCUGUCUUUAACGUUAAACAAGGCAGUGUUGGAGUUGGUGGAUGUACGUCUUAUAAGAGUAAACUCAACCGAUGGUGGACAGAUGCCAGAAAGCUUGUCGACGCUGCCCUCUCGUACGCUCAAGACGAUAGCGUUGAUGGACCCGAAUACAUAUACACCUUUUUUGCAUUGGACCCCCCUCCCGCCGACGCCAGGUACAGAGAAACAGUCAUCGCUACGUUGCAGUCGGUAAAGAACUUCAUCGAUGGCGAUCUACAACUGCCAACCGGUAAACCAUGGCUUUUCUGCUCGAGCAAGUGGUUGGAGCGUAUGGACUGGGAUGACGUGGCCUAUGAUAAAGAGACAGGCAACAAGUUUACAGGUUAUGACGCCAAGAAGGUACGAGAUGUAGUUGAUGAACCAACUCCGCCUCCAGAUGAAGCAAACCAGCCAGAAGUGUUCCCAUUUUGGUCCUCGGAUAUCAGAGAAUACAUGAUGGAUGAGGCCGAUGACUAUUGCUCGAAGAAGGUUGACGGAGCCAUCCAGAACUUUGGGGCUACUCAUGAGGGUCCCGGGCAGACGUGGAAAGCACUUACCAUCUGUGUCAGCAACUUGGCAUGGAAUGCCAAAAAUGAGUAUCUGCGCCUAGGGGCAAUCCAGAAGGAGGGCAAAAGUAUUGUGGAAUACAGAGCACAGUCCAUGACAUUAUUCCACGAACUCUUCCAUGUUGUCCUAGGGGUGGCCAAAACCGAGGAGCAUGAAAUGAGCUAUGAACUGAAGUAUAUUGCGAACCCGAGAAAAAAGGAAGGUGAGGACCCUGGCGACGAAAAUCAAGACAUCAUCUCCACGCAGGAGGCCUUGUAUAACCCCGAAUCCUACACAUUAUAUGCUCUUGCUUGUGUUCUUGGACAGAGGAAUGAGCGUUUUACGUUCGCUAGUACAAGGUCGGAGCUCAAAAAGAAGGAAGAUCCAAAGGACAAGGACGAGGGCAAAGGAGGACCAGGCGGCGCUGGCCAUCGAAAGAGGCUGCUGAGGGUUUGA